AUGGCACGCGGACUCCAGAAGAUUCAAUCACAAAAGAGAAAUCAAGAAAGGCAAAAUGCGAAAAAGAAUCCAUCUGAUAAUAAGAAAACGGCGGAUGCCAAACUAGCCUUCUCGUGUUGUGUUUGUAAGACGCAGAUGCCAGACCCGAAAACGUAUAAAUUGCACUUCGAAAGCAAGCAUCCUAAAGCCGAACUUCCAGCAGAACUUCGCGAUCUCUAG